GCUAUGUAACCUAUCCUAGCUAGGUUAGUUAUCUACAACAUGUAGGAUAUGCUGUGUUGGUAAAUAUGUUUUGGUAAUAUCGAAAAAAGUUUGAUUAUCUUAUACUCCGGUUGUUUUAGUAACAUGAACAGUUUAUGAAUUGAAACUUUUUUGCAGUUUACCUAGCUAAAGUUGCGCAACAACGUUAGCUAUUAUCUUACUUAACGCUAGCUAGCAACACUUCUGAAGCAUGCGACCAGCUGAUGAUACUGUGGAAAAAGUUAUUUUAUCCUUUAGCUAAACUUUGUAUACCUUUAUACCGUUUGACUAUAAAUUUGAACGGUAACGGUAAACAAACCUUUUAAUAUCAGUUAUCGAAAUUGCAUGGUAAAAGAGUGUAUCAGCAAAAUAUCAAGAAGAUUUUCAUAUAUUCUGCAGCCUGUUUUUGCGGUUUAGGAACGUUAACCUAGGUAGCUUGCCAGCUAGUUAAAUUUAACCUAGCUAGCUACAAAAGACAUCAAGAAUGGACGUCGUGCUCCAAGCACCCAAGAUUUUCUCUCACAAUGUGAAGAAAAAGAACAUUCUUCCGCUUAGUGAGCUGGUGGAGGAGACAAGAACUGGCAAUGUCUCCCAUCAUCUUCUUGAAACUAGCGUUUACAACAAGGUGAAGGGCAAUAAUGUUGUUGCAGUGGAGCCUUCAGAGCUGCACUUUAGUGGAUUUGAAGUGGGAAAGGUUUACAAAAGGGUUGUGAAACUCAUAAAUAUUUCGUCUGAGGUGCUCAAUGUCCACAUUCUUCCCACUCAAACAAAGUACUUUUCAACUGAGUACACAAAAAAGAGUCGACUAGUUCCAGGUCUCUCCUACUCUAUUAUUGUACACUUCAGUCCCGACAAGUGGCGAUACUUUUUUGACAGCAUCCAUGUUCAUUGCAAGGGAGAGGAAAACCUGCUGGUCCCUGUGCAUGCUUAUCCUGUCAUUGAUGAUGUUCGUAUCCCAUCUCACAUCAGACUUCCUGUUGUGCCACUGGGACAAAGCUCAAGUCAUGUGAUUCCUUUGAGCUGCAAGUGUCCAAUAGAGUUUGAGUUCCAGGUGCACUGCUUGAAACAUCAUGAGGCUUUCACUGUCCAGCCUUUAUCAGGAAUCAUCCCAGCCAAUGGGAAGACACAAUUUACAGUGACAUUCACACCACACCAGUAUGGGACUGCUGAAAUCACUCUGAAGCUGGUCAUCUCUCAGUUCAACUCCAAACCUGUCAUCUGCACUCUGAGUGCAUGCUGCUCUCCUUAUCUGAGCCAACAGGACAAAAAUAAUGAGAGUGACCAAAUGUUUGCUGACGGCAGAAAAACUGAAGUGCCCCCGACUCCCAAAUAUAAAGCAGCCCCGACCAUAAUAAAGUAUAGGAAGAAGAAGGUUAAAUCUGAAUCACACUCUCAGAACUCAGCUGUGGAUGUGUCCACCCCUGCCGGAGUUGUAAAGAUGCUUAUCCAGCACCAAGACAAAAUGAACUACAAGGACCUCAGUGAGACCAUGUCCCUCAACAAGACGGCACACCAGACAAGACAGAUGAAAGAAGCUGCAUUUGAAAAUCAAGUUCAAGCAAACAUCCAAAAGGAGAGAGCCAAUCAUCUUCAAUGCCAGGUGCAUCUAGGUGAAAGCUUGUGGUCAACAGAGCAGAAAAUGAACGUCUUGAGGGAGCAGGAAUUUGUUGCUGCCGAGUACAUGAUGAAAAAUGACCCGGGUGUCAGAGAGGUUGAUUUGACCAGAGACAUCUCAGAACUCUCAUCGCAACGAGUACAGCGGAAUGCGGGACAGCUUCCUGACAAUGCUCCCGUAUUCUGCGUCUAUGACAGCAGCAACCUGGAGGUGAGACAUAGAGUGCUUAGACUCUUCCAGCAAGCUGUUCGUAAGGUCGUUCUGCGAUGCCGUAUGAAUAACAGGCUGCUGUUGUUACGGGAUAUAGCUGCCAAGAUGGAAAGGCACAAAAGAGGGGACAAAAACACAAAAGCAGAUGAGACGCCACCACUUUUGAAGGUGUCAUCAGAAAAGCUGCUGCCCUUUGAGAUGCCCAUCUUCACUCCUGUGAACCAUCUAGAUGAAUUUGCUGUGAAUGCACUUGGACAUGUUCCUGUUAGGCAGAUUCAAAUGGAUUUGACUCUCAACAUUCCUUUCUUUAAUCUAAAGGUUCCCCAGCAGUACAGGCUAAUGGGCUAUCAGGAAGUGUCUGCAUACGAGGCCGGAACAUCUUUUGUCCGUACUGAUUUGGCCAGGCCAUUACGCACUGGAGCACAGGACGAGUUGGUGCCCAUGGCAAUGCAUCCUGCUGUGGAGUCGCAAGAGGACAAGGAAUUGAGGGAGGAGCAGGGAAUCGAGCAGGACCUUGACUCCACCCUACACUUCAGUGCUCCUAGAAACAUGCUCAAUCCUCCGAAUGCCCACCCUCUCCGGAUUUUUAAUCCUGCUCCAGGUGUACAUGCCUUCAAACCAACCCCAUUUUACCUAGAGAGUGACCUAGAGUUCCACCUUUGUCCAUUGCCAAGACACACUGUCUCCAAGAGCAACGUCAUGGGAAUUUAUAUUCCAAGUACUCAAAAGAUGUUUCUAGACAGAAAGGACAUUAUAAAAGGGAUCAUGAUAUGGAAAAAGUUUCCCUCCAUGGCAUUGACUUCUUUUCCCUCUACUUCGACAAGAACCAACAGCUGGGCCCCACGCUUGUCUGACCCCUUCAAUAGUUCUCUGCUGCCUCUAGAAGCCCUGCCCGCCUUGCAAGACCUUCCCGACAGCAUGAGAGAGGGCAUUACAUCUGACAUGGCUGAAUGUACAGAGGCUAGUCUUACUCCUGAGAUGGUUCAAGCAGAGUUUCCACCUGCUGAAAAUGUUUCUUCCAAACCAUUAAAGGAAGACAGCACUAAAGAUGACAGAGAAAAAUGUGAACAGCUACUACAGUCAACUUUAAAAUCACAAACCAACAAACUUGGACCCAAAGUGUUGGCCAGGAUUAAAUAUCUCAAAUCUUUGGAUCAGAACAGUCAGACUCAUGAUGCAUGACUGCAAAUAGCAAUUUUAUCUCAGGAAGAACAUUUUAUGUUUGAGGAAAUGAAAGUUAGCCUUUUUAUAAGCUGAAAUAAAGAUGUCCUCUUGAAGCCUCUUGUGUUUACCUCUUUCAAGUGGGAAAAUACAAACUGCAGCACAGGCCAAAAAUAGGAAAUCUGUAGUUGCAAGAACCAGACACGUAGUAAGUGAAGGUUAAGCAGAUAACUUGGUGGCUAAUUAGAAUAGUGGCAUAAAACCAUGGCAUUAAUAGAGAAUGUAAGAAGAAAUAAAUUUUACAUGUCUUAAACCAAUUAGCAUGGUAUUGUACAGUCAUUUGUAAUUUAUUUGGUACAAUAAAUUGCCAUUUGCCAAUUUAUUUCUAUUCACUGCCAGACAAUUUUUUUGUUUGCAGUGGUAGUGCUGAAUAAUUGUGUUCAGGCCAAAGAAUCACAUAUUAAAUUCUGAAUGUUGUUCCAAUAACAUGUUAAUGUUUGGGGGAAACAAUGCCAAGUUUGGCAAUUUCUUUGGCAUUCCUUCUUCUGGACAACAAAGAGACAGAAAGUCAUGCAACUGCCAUUCCAUACCACUCCACAGUUAAACUGUAUUAGACUUGAAUGGAAUAUAUUUUGCUCCACACAUAGGUGGAAAAUUCUUGAUUGGAGGUUGUGUCCUCCAAUUUUCAGAUGUGGCAUUAUCAGUCAUAUUUGGAUGGUUUGAGCACAAAAGAGACAUUUUUACUGGAAAAACCUGUCACUUCCCAACAACCACAUCUGGGCAUCAUGGUUAUGAACCUAAAUUUCAUUAAAUGUAUGACUGGGUAUAGGCUGCUUCUCCAUACAUAGACCUCUCUGUCAGAAGUGUUUCAAUAUGUUUACACUGUGUGUUAGUGCUUUUUUAAUUAGGUGAGGUUUUAUUCUUAAACUCAUGUUUUAUUCUGUAGAAAUUUCCAGUGGUGAGACUACUAAGCCAAGUAAUUUACUUCAUGAUUUCUUUCAGUUUACAAGAAAGGCAGUCUGUAAGUACUUGUUUAAAGACAGUCAGAUACUGUAAGCCCAUGAAAUGACUCAUCAUUUAGCAAUAGCUUCAGUUACACUAGGUGUAUUUUUUAAGUCUGCUCUUCUAAUCUGUGGUGUACCAGUUCAAAAAGAACAAUUCAUGGAGAAACAAACAGGGUUUUACAGAGACAUUCAUGAGACGUACACACUAUGGUACCUAAGAAACAUCUCUGAAACCCUAAAGGUAAUUGUUCCUUAGAGACCAACUCAAAGAAUGUCUAAUUAAGAGCAAGUUUAAGCAGGUCCUGUAGGCGAUUCAGCAGAUUGUUGAUUGUGCAUAAGAAGAAGACUCAUGAUGACUCAUGUCUUUAAAUGAGUGCUAUUGUUUACUAACUUCCUUUUGUGCCAGUUUAUGUUCUAUAACCACUCAUUAAGGGGUAUUAAAAUGCAUUAUGUAAAUUAUUUAU